CCCCUCGGCUUUAGGAUCGCCAUUAGUCAGAGCUGCGGUUGGAGAUGUCUUUCCGAUUUAGAAGAAAGGAUAAGAUGCCCUUUAAACAUAUAGCUCAUGGCUUGGUCCCUGCUGCCACAAUAGCUCCUAGACCUGCUGUUCCCCGCACCCCUCCCCCUCGCAGCCCCAAUCCUUCUCCAGAAAGACCAAGGUCGGCCCUUUCCGCAAUCAUAUUAACGUCAUGUUUGACUGGUCGUACAGUCGCUAUUCCUCAACCCAAUUUGGCGUGGCCGCGUCCGAGGUCAAACUCAGAAAGUGACAGCGCCCGUUCAGAACAGAGAAGCCUUGUGGAACCUUACGCCAGUGUGACUGAACUUGGAUUAAGGAAUGAAUGGCAAGGUACGGUUAAAGGCAGGCCCCAGUUCCCACUGCCUUCUGAUUCUGAUGAAGAAUACGAUGAUGAAGAAGAAGACCAAGAUUUGGAACAGCAAUCAUCUGAUAAAGACCAACACUUUUACUACGUUCUAGAAAAAGAUCAAGAAGCCCCCAAACAGGAACCUGUGUAUGCUGUUCCUCAUAAGGAGAAAAAGGAGGAAAUCCCAGUGUCUGUGAGCAGUGAAAUGACUGAGAUUUCUUCCUGUGAUGUGGUAUCUGCAAUUCUGCUGGACGAACCAGAACAUGGGCAUGUUACAGAAAAACCUCCAGUUCAAACUUGUAAGGUGCAAAAAGAGAAAGUUGGAAAAGUACACUCUAGCCCAGAGAAUAGCCCAAUUACAGACGUGAACGACAAUGCGAGCGUUGAAACUCCCAGAACAUCAUCUGCUUUGACCCAGAAAAAGAUAAAAGCGAGGAAGAAGGUUAAUACAGCGGAAAGUAAAUCAGAUUUAACAGAUGAGGCUAACCGAGAACUGAAGGAGCUGCACAAGGAGAUGUUACAAGAACUGAAAGAUAGAAAUCAGAUGUUGGUUUCUAGUAAUCAGGCCAUGGUCUGUGAGGCCCACAGCCUGAAGCAACAGCUGCAGGGAAUGCAGUUUAAACUGGAACAACUGGAAGAAGAAAAACAGAAGCGGCAAGAAGCUGAGGAUAGUCUGCCGAGGGAAGAUGAACUGGCAGAGCUGCUUUCUCUGAGGCAACAUGCGCAGCAGCUCGUGGACGAAAACGAUGCCAUGAAAGUGACCAUCCACCGAUUAAAUGUAGAAUUGAGCCACUACCAGGCCAAAUACAGACCUUUACUUAAAGAAGAGGGAUCGCACAGGCAUAGCCUCCCAGUAACGGGACCGCCCCCACCCUGGCUUGUGGAUAUGAAGUACUUGUCACCCCUUUUGUUGGCCUAUGAAGACCAACUGAGAGAAAGAGAUGAUGUAAUUAAAGCACAAGAGAAUGAAAUGAAGAACUUCAGAGCUCGUGUGGAAGAGAUAGUGUGUGAGAAUAACCAGCUUCACCAGCAGCUUGAGAGGAGUGGUGCUGUGAGCAGCAGAGAAUGGCGGCAAUUGCAGGAUCAGGCAAAGUUGGUUUUGGAAGAAAACCAGGUGUUAAUGGAACAGCUUGAAGUGCAGCAGGCCAAAGCAAAAGAUAGUCAUAACAGACACUUACAAGAAGCGUCCAAUUUUACCAAACAAUUGGUGCUGUUGGAAGCAGAGAAACAAAGCCAACAAGAGGAGUUAUUGGAGACUCAACAGCAAUUGAAACACUUGCGUUCCAAAUAUGAACAGCUAAGAGCAGACCUUGACAAUAAAAUGGGAGUUGAUGAACAUUCUGCAAUGGUGAAUGAACUCAAACGACAAUUGCACUUGGAGCAAGAAAAACAGCAUGUAGAGGUUGAGGAACUGAUGGGAAGAAUUGCAUCUCUUCAAGCUGAGAAAAAGAGUCUGCUCUUAGAAAAGACAGAAUUAACAGCUGACAAUAAGACUUUAGAAGCAGAGAUGGAGGAAGCAAAGAAGUCCAACAGGAUCUCACAGAAGAAGAUUGGUCUUCUGAAACAACAAACUGAAGAAGCCAUGGAGAAGGAAGUAGCAGCUCACCAGUACCUGGCAAACCUUAUUAGUCUCGCUGAAAAGACCACUUAUGAACGUGACCAACUUGUCUAUGUGACCAGAAGCCUGGAGAACGAAAAGCAUGGAGUUUUAAACAAAAUAAUGGCAGGCAAUGUCCGGCUGGGCAAAUUGGAGGAGAAAGUAAAGUUGUACAAAACAAAAGCCACUGUGAAGCUUGGAGACAUCAACAAUCGUAUGAAGGAACAAGAAGAGGACUUUUCCAGAAAGACUGCUCAGUACCAGCAAGAAAUAUGCCACCUCCAGCGACUGCUGAAAGACAAGCAGGAAACCCUUGAUGGAGUGCUUGAACAGAAAAGGCAAGUGGAGACUGAACUGGAGACAGUCUGGGAAUCAACCACAAGAGAAAAUCGGCAUAUAAAGGAUCUUUUGCGUGGUACUUUAAAUAAAAAUAGUCUCUUGGCCCCCGCUCACUUUUACGGCUCUGGUAUAGAUGAAAACCCUCACAGAUAUGCCAGUAGCCAUUCAAACUUCAGAGCAUUCAGCUACUGUGAUGUGACCGUCUCUUCCCCCAGAAGGUUGGAGGAUGGUACGCCACAUGGGGAUUACGUUCCAUCAAAUAAUGAUGUCCCUUUACCUCACCGUGUGGCUGAAAGUGGAGAUUGUACAGCUACUCAAAGAAAGCAGAAGUCGAGAGAAGGAAUUGUCAUGAGUCCCAUGUUCGAGUCUGACUCUGAUCAACAACAAAAUGCCUCCUCUGAUGAAAGUGAAAAAAACGAUCAUGAUUUCUACUCCUAGUACCAUUGCGAUUGCUACCAAUGUUUCUACAUUUAACGUUUCCACAAAUUAAGUUUUAUUUUCUAUUCAGUGUGCUGCAAAUGCUUAGUGCAUAUUGAAAAGUGGUUUUUCAGUCUUUCAUUUUACAAAUGUGUUUUUCCUUUGCCAUUCAACACUUAAAUUAGUUUUUAUUUAUCACUCGGCUAGAAGCAUUGAGUUCAGAUUUUAUUGUUGUCAAUCCUUGUAAUCGCUCCAAGACCUUUUAAAACUAUUUUGAUUUCAACCCGUAUUAUUGAGAGGUACUCUUCAAUUAUUAGUUUAGAAACAUCCAUUGGUUCUUAGUUUAUAUGUUCCGGGUUCCAAAUAUUGUAUAACUUUUAUCCAACCGUAGAAUUUCAUUGAGUUUUAGAAUACAGAGUUUAAGGCACAGGGAACAGGAAAACUGAGACAAAGGAAAGCAUAUGGGUGUUCCAGAGGUUGAUUCCAAGAAUUGAUACAGAAUAUAUUACAGUUGAAAAAGUAAUAUUGUUAGAAUCGUAGAACUUUACAGCACAGGAAGACCCUUCAGCCUAUUGCUCCGUGCUGGCUGUCUGAAUUUCUUUUGGGUCAGCCUGAUGUCUGACACACGAAAAAGCAAUCCUCAGUCCCAUUUAUUUGCUUCUUCCCCAUACACCUAGAAAAUUUAAUUACAAUGAUGUUUGGUAGUGCAGCACAAGACUGUAUAACCUGUGGGAUAUAAUUGCUUGUGUCCCUCAUUUUUCUUUAAAACUUUGGACCACAAUGGUCUUUUCGUGUUCUGUGUAGUUGGAAUUGGUCAUAAACUAGAAGAGCAGAGUUAAGUUAUCACCUGCUUUCCCCAAAUUAUAUUUUGUCCUUUACUGUUGAUGUUUAUGGAUUUUGUGUGCUGACAUUUUACUAUCAUUAAAUGAACUAAAAUCUUAA